AUGUCUUCGGCAUUCGAAUCGUCGCUGUCUGCCAGCAUCAACCGUCAGUCCCUGAUGGCAACGCCAUCAGUAGCGGAUACCCUCCCAAACGCGAAUUUCGGCUUCGACGAGCUUCGUGACCGCAUGUCCAAGUUCUCGUCGAAAUUCGACAUUUUUAUUGAGCAGGGCCGCAAACGUGUUUUGGAGGAGAGGAACCAAUUUCGCAUGAACAUCGCAGAACUUCAAGAGGAUCAGCGCAUGAAGAAGAAGGACAUUGAAAUCCUCCAACUCAAGACCAGCACACAUCAGCAGACGGUCCAAAAAGAAAAGGCCGAGACACGCGAGAUGCAAGCCGCCAUCGCACAGCUUGCGGAAGAGCGCGAUAAGCAUCUGGCAACACGCGACGCCCUCAAGAAACAGAUCGAGGAGACACAAAAAGAGAUCGACGCCCGACUGGCUGCACAGCGGGCACACGCGAAGCAACUCGAAGCGCAAUCGCGAUUCAACGUUCCCGAGCUCGAGUUUUGGCAGCAGAACCUCGGCCUACGGAUAGAAGGGGCGGGCCAGGACGAUCGACUCAAGUUUAUCUACACAUACGUUGACGAGAAGGACUGGGAAAGAGAGGCAUGGUUUGAGCUUUGCACCUCGAGCAGGGACUAUGACAUCCGACACUGCCGGCCCAAGCUUGAGCGCGAGCGCGUGGAAAGGGUGCUGGACCAACUCAAUGAGACGCGGGAACUGGCGGUGCUGCUCAAGGGCAUGCGUGAGCUGUUUGUAGAAGCGAUGAAGGCAUGA